GGGCCCGGGGCUCGGCCGAGCUGAGGCGGCGACGGCCCUCGCGCCCCUGGGGGGCGCCCCCGCACCCCGCUCGCCGGCGCCUGGCUUUCAUGAUGAUGAAGAAAAAGAAGUUUAAGUUUAAGGUGGACUUCGAGCUCGAGGAGCUCUCCUCGGUGCCCUUCGUCAACGGGGUCCUCUUCUGCAAGAUGCGGCUGCUGGACGGCGGCAGCUUCAGCGCCGAGUCCCCCAGGGAGGUGGUGCAAGCAAACUGUGUUCACUGGAGGAAGAAGUUCUCAUUCAUGUGCAAAAUGAGUGCAAGUGCUGCCACCGGCAUCCUGGAUCCUUGUGUCUACAGGGUGUCUGUGCGCAAGGAAUUAAAAGGUGGAAAAGCUUAUGCAAAGCUGGGCUUUGCAGAUCUAAACCUGGCAGAGUUUGCUGGAUCAGGAAAUACCACUCGUCGCUGUUUACUGGAAGGCUAUGAUACCAAAAAUACAAGACAGGAUAAUUCCAUUCUUAAAGUUUUAAUCAGUAUGCAGCUGAUGUCUGGUGACCCAUGUUUUAAAACGCCUCCUUCUACUUCAAUGUCUAUACCAAUUGCUGGUGAAUCCGAGUCACUGGAAGAAGAUAGAAAAGGGGGAGAGACUCUCAAAAUCCAUCUUGGAAUUGCAGAUCUUUCAGCAAAGAGUGCCUCAGCUCCCGAUGAACUCGGUGCCCGUGGACACUCGAGAACAUCAAGCUACGCAAGCCAGCAGUCAAAAGUGUCAGGGUACAGCUCGUGCCACUCCCGGUCGUCCAGUUGCUCUGAGCUCUGCCACAGGAGAAACACCUCAGAGGGAAGCACAUCAACAGGAGUUGAAAGUAUUCUAGAGCCAUCUGAUGAAACUGAGCCAAAAGUCGCGGAGCCACAUCUUGAGACAGCUGAUAAAGAAGACACGGCUUCAGAAACACUCAGCAGAUGCCCAGUGAAACAAGAUUCUGUAGAAUCUCAGCUGAAGCGAGUUGAUGACACCAGAGUGGAUGCAGACGAUAUUGUGGAGAAGAUACUACAAAGUCAAGACUUCAGCCUCGAUUCCAGUGCAGAAGAAGAAGGACUGCGGUUAUUCGUGGGUCCUGGGGGAAGGACAACCUUUGGCAGUCAUCAUCUUCCAAACAGGGUGGUGUCUGGAGCUUACGAACAAGUUGUGAUCAAGCGCUAGGAGCCGAGCUGGUGCACGGAAGGGAGCUGCCUUGGGUUCCAGAGGUGGGCCCGUGAGCUGCCGCGGCACUGUCUUCAGGCGCUUCUGUGUAAAUGAACCUGUCUGGAGAGUGGCCGGGGGAAGCCAGCACCGACUUCUCUGAGAGUGCCCACCACUGCCCUUCCCACACUCAGGGGACAUCAGGGUGGUGAUGUCGGGGCCACGCGUGUCACGUGUGUUUGGGGUCCACGGCUUCCGUGGUCACUGCACGUGAUCAUGAAAAGACUGCCUUUUCCUUCAAAGCCUCCCGGUGAGGAAAACAACGCUGUGCAUCUGGGGCUGGUUUUAGUGUUAAAGUACCAAACCUGUGAUCGAGCUGCACGACAGAUCUGGGCUCUAAUUACUCAAUUUUACGGUUAAGAGACAGUAGAUGAAGAUAAAAACUCUAUAAAUUCUGUUAAGAUAGUUAUAAUUUCUGUUAAGGAAAUUUUGCAUAUUAUACUACCUAGAGUAUUGUACUAACUGUAUUAACUCUUUUUGAUACAAUAAUUGAUAUAAAAGUAUGGGUGUUCAUGCUUUGGGAAAAGUUAUUCUACAAUUGAAACCUGUAAAAUGCUUAAUCUAAACACAGUCAUAAGUGGAAAACCAGUGCAUUUAAGUCUGAGCUCCGUGCGCGGUGCAGUGCCGUUAUCAUGCAGUAUGUGUCAUUACUGUUAGUAUCAGAUGUGCUGCAGAACUCUCACUAGCACCAUGUCAGCGACCCGAGAAGCUGAGUGAAUGUUCAGGGUGUUAAGCUACUCUAAUGCACCCUAACAUAGGAGCUGUUUUCACUGACUAAUGUCUGCUGGUUUUAGGAGUCAAAAUUUAGAACAACUGGAGGGAAAUUGUGAUAAUGAUGAGAAACAGAGCAGCCAUUUCUCUGUAAGUUCACAGUUACCUGAAAUUGAAAAUUAUUCCAAGGAGAGAGUGGAAAAGACAGGGGACAGCUGUUUGACACGGACCUGUGGUCUUCUGUCUUAGCCCCUCCCCCAACCCCAUGAUCAGAUGCUAUGCUUUCUUCUUACUAUAUCAGAAAUCGGUUGUUUUGAGGCAAGAAUAAACUAGAGUAUACAUCAAACAGAGCCUUUAAAGUAAGAAUAUCUGACCUGGAUCUAGGUUAGCAGCACAGCAGAUACACCUGAGGAGUUUUUCUAGGUUUUAUGUGACAGUUUCUGUGUGGAAAGAUUUUAAUUUUCUUGGAAUCACUCAGUCAGUGAAGAAAAAUGUAGAUUCUUAUAAAACCAGAAAUUCCCAGUCUUUACUUUCAUGUCCAAGAAACAUAAUAUGUUAGAAUUACUUUGGUCUAUGUAUUUUCGUAUUGGCAAAAUAAGGGGGGGGGGGUGUUAUUUUUAAGAAAAUAUUAUUUUAAUAUCCAAAUUGAGGCUGGAGAAACUUUGAAUAGUUCAUGUUAGGGAUUGUGUGUGUGUGUGUGUGUGUGUGUGUGUGUGUGUGUAUGUUUAAGAUUUCAAGGAUUGGGUAUUCCAAAUGAAUCCGAAACUACUUUUACAAAUAGAUUCUGAGAUUUUUAAAGAGAUGACACCUCAGUUUAGAAUAUUUUCAAUGUCAAGAGAUAGGAUUUUCUGAGUCAUUAAACUUUCUUUGUUAAGAUGUUUUGAAGAAAAAAAAAUUAACCUGAAGAUUUAAGUCUAACCAAGGAAAAUGUUACCUUAAGUGAUAAAGACUUGCUGUCUUUAAAUAAACAAGUGGAUGAUGUAUUUAUUGUAUAUUAUAGAAAAAAAUUAAAGGAAAUUUUCAAGAGAGAUAAAAGAUUGUUUAGAGAGAUAUUUAUUAUGACAUGUUUUUUUAAAAACAUAUUUUUCUAUUUUCAAAAUAUUCCUAGGCUAUAUUUUUUAUUGGCGCUUCUGCAAAUUAUUUCAGAGUUUUGAAAUGAUAGCUAACAACUAGAUUGUAGGCAAGGUUUAGUGAGGACAUUCUUCAGAUAGGUCAAAGGUGAUAUAAUUCGGGCACCAGCCCUCUUACUCAUCCUUGGCUGCCCUUGGCCUAGACCUUGAUCCAAGACUAGCUCUUGGUAUUUGAAAAGGAUACAGAAUUGUUUUCUAAUGACAAAAUGUGGAUUUUGAAAAGCAUAAAAAUCAUACCUUUAUAAGUGAAGCAGCCACCAGAUAACAUCUUGAUUUAUAUAUGAGUAAACAUAACAAACAUUUUAAUAAAUAGAAACAUUGGGAAGAAAAGAGAUGGCAGUGUCCUCUGUAGUCAGGGAAGUCUGGGUUCAAUUUAUUCCAGUUUGUGUUCCAUCAGCAUACUUUGCAAUCACAUUUUAUUACAGUCCUUAAAAAUAUUUGUUGAAGGUUGCCUAAGUGUCUGCCUUACUUCCAAGUUCUUUUCUUCGAGCAUGUAUUGUUAAUAUCUUAACCAUGUAGCUAUUGAAAAAAAUAUGUUUAUUUAAUACCAAGUCCACCUUUGGUUUCGUUUUGAGUUUAAAAAAUCAAAUUUGAGAAAGUAGAUCUUAAUACAUUGAUUUCUAAAUAUUAAACCAAAUUUCAGAUCACCCAGUGUUGGAGAAUUUGCACAUCUGUAACAUUUGCUAACCCUGUGCUAGAGAAAAGAUUAAUGGUAUUUUUAAGCUAUAUAUUUGUGAUAAGAGUCUUAAAUGCCUUGUUGGGGGGGAUUACUGAAAAAGCAGGUCAUUUCUGUGACUUGUGCUGGUGACAGAGACCAGAGAGGAUGUGAAGGGUAGCCAAGGACAAAGAAGGCCCUGGGCCAUCAGUUUAUACUUUGCUGGUUGACUUCCCUUUGCUGUGGUGUUGAAGGCUCUGUAUACAAACAACUCUCGUGGAUUAGUAUUUAUAAUCUGACAAAAUCUUGACCGAGAUUCUUUUCUUUUUUUUUUUUUACCAAGAUUCUUAAAGUAUCUACAAUUACAAUCCUCCAGUCAAAACAUACUCAGGCUGCAAUGAGACUUAAUAAAUUAAAACAUCCAGAAAGAAUUUUAGACUUCAAGAUCUCCAGGCUCACGACCACUUUGCAGGCUCCAGCUGCCAGUAUCAUUAAGUACCCUGUUGAAGUACUCUGAAGAGCGAGGCUUCCAGCGCAUACACUAACGCCCUGCAGAGACUGGGCUCUCGUGAUGGGCUUGCAUUUUAUUUUGGCAGGUCUUUAAGUGGGUCAGUUCUCCUACAUGGUACGUCAUGUGAAUAUAAUCAGGUACUGUAGCAGAAAUUGUGUUGUGCCGCUUUUUAUAUGUUGACCUAGGUACUAUGCAUAAUUUUAAGAGCUGAGAUGUUAAAGAAUAUAAGUCUAAAAAUAUAAAGGAAGAAAUAUGCCUAUAUUAACCGUAUUUUAAGACUGCUCUGAAAAUAAGGCCUUAUUAUUCCCUUAUAUGUUUGACUUUUUAUAAAAUAAUAUACAGGGUGGGGCAAA